AUGAAAGAAAAAGAUUCCCCAUUUUUGUAGUCCUUUUGACUAUUGUAUAUUAUUCUUGAGAAAUACCAUUGAGAAGCAGGAGAUUCAGAUGGCAAGAAGGUACUGCUACAACGAUGUUCUGCCAUUAACAGCCAUGGUUGCAAUAGAGUGCACUAAUGUAGGGCAAAACGUUCUAUUCAAAAAAGCAACUUCAAAGGGGAUGAGCUACUUCAUCUUCAUUACUUAUGGUCACGCUAUUGGAGCUCUUCUUCUCCUCCCUUUAUCCUUCCUCUUUCCCAGUGGACGUGUGCUUCCCUCAUUGAAAUUCCACCUUGGCUUUAGAAUUUUCCUACUUGGCCUUAUUGGGUUUUUUGCUCAAGUAUGUGCAUAUAAGGGUAUAGAUUAUAGCAACCCAACUCUUGCUUCUACUAUUCGUAAUCUCUCACCAGCUUUUACCUUCAUACUGGCGGUUCUUUUCAGAUUGGAAAGAGUAGCAUUGAGAAGCUCAACCAGUCAAGCUAAAAUCAUGGGGACCAUAGCAUCAAUUUCAGGCGCACUAUUAGUUGUUCUUUACAAAGGCCCCCAAGUUUUUUCCUCUCCAUCACCAUCUUCUACUUUACUUCAACUUUCAUAUUCAAAUUGGGUCAUUGGUGGGAUCCUACUUGCUGUUGCCUAUCUUCUAUUUUCGAUUCGGUACAUUAUCCAGACCCAAGUUAUGGAGAUUUACCCAGCUGAAUUGCUUGUUGCAUUGUUUUACAACAUAUGUGCGGCAAUUAUCUCUGCACCGGUUUCCUUAAUAGCAGAAUCUGAGUUAAGUUCUUGGAUGCUAAGGCCUAGUGUUGCGGUUAUUGCAGUCCUAUACUCUGGUGUAAUGCAAGCCUUUAGCUCAUUUGUGAUCGCAUGGGGGCUGCAUUUGAAAGGACCUGUCUACAUUGCAAUAUUCAAACCAGUAUCAAUCGCCAUUGCUGCUUUUAUGAGUGCCAUUUUCCUGGGUGAUUCCCUGUAUCUUGGAAGUAUUAUUGGAGCAAUUAUUAUAUCAAUAGGAUUUUAUGCUGUGAUAUGGGGAAAAGCAAAAGAAGAUGAAAGGACUACAUCUAGCAGCAAGGUUCCUCUGUUGAAAGUGGAAGAGAAUGUAGAAUAGCUCAAAUGAUUCAUUAAUGGUAUAUGAAAUCGGAGUUUAACGUAUCAUCUGUAAUUAGUUUUUGUUUUAUCAAUGUUGAGCUGAUGAACAAUGGCGACGACAAAAAGGCAAGAAUUUUAGGGGUGGAAAAACACUUGGAUAAAAAUGUAGAUGAUGAAAUUUGAUGUCGUGAAGCAAGGAAACGCAUCCUUGAUUUGCGUUAGAUGAGUUUGGUGGGUGUAAUGUCUUGCUCAAAAUGAGAGUGUGGAUGACAUGUUCUCUUUCUAAAUUUAGGUUGGUUUCAACCCCUACUUUUCCCUUUCUAUAAAGUCUAUUAUUCCAUUUUGUAACCACUUUAAAUUUAAAUUUCGAAAUUGGAUUUCAGAUAAAAAAAUUUUGUAUCAUUGAAUAAAAAAAUAUCUCGAUUUUCAUGUUAAA